AUGCAUCUAUCUCGUUGUGUCUGCGUCUCCACCGGUGCCCACACUCUGUCCCACUGCCAGCACGCAUCUUACCCAGAGUCCAUCGGCUACAAAGGCAUUCUUCUCUAUGGUACUGAGGAGCAAAAGAAUAAAUAUCUACCGGAUUUGGCAACAGGACGUAAAUUCGCUGCGUUUUGCCUCACGGAACCCGGCAGUGGAUCCGAUGCCAAUUCGAUCAAAACGCGUGCCGAAAAGUCCGCCGACGGAAAGCACUACGUUCUGAACGGCAGCAAAAUCUGGAUCAGUAACGGAGGUUUUGCAGAUGUUUUCACCGUAUUCGCUCAGACGCCUGUGAAAAUGCCAGACGGCAGCACCAAGGACAAAGUCUCGGCGUUUGUCGUUGAGCGAGCGUUCGGUGGUGUGACAAAUGGUCCACCGGAGAAGAGAAAUGGAAGCACCCAUCCGGACCGUGACAGAGAAGGUUCCCGUGAGAAUCUACUCGGAGUGGAGGGUGAAGGAUUCAAAGUGGCGAUGAAUAUCUUGAACAAUGGCCGUUUUGGUAUCCCAGCAAUGUGCACAGGAGCAAUGAAGUACUGCAUCCAGAAGACGGAAAAUGCCUGGUGGGUAUGUGACGAGGCGAUCCAACUGCACGGAGGUAUGGGAUUCAUGAAAGACUGCGGUCUGGAACGGGUCAUGAGAGAUCUGCGAAUCUUCAGAAUCUUCGAAGGUGCUAACGACGUCUUGCGGCUGUUUGUGGCGCUCACUGGAGCGCAACAUGCUGGAAGACAUCUUCAACAGGUGGCCAAAGAUAUCAAGUCUGGUAGUAUUGGAACGAUUUUCGGACAGGUGGUGAAAAGGGCAACGGGGGGAAGUACCGGUGCGGAGUUCUCUACUGUGGUAGAACCGGCCUUGACGGAAUCCUCAUUGAAGCUGGACGAUUGUAUCAAGGAAUUCGGAAAGACUGUGGAGAAUCUGCUUAUCAAAUACAAAAAGGAUAUCGUUAACCGACAGUACGAGCUGGUCCGUGUGGCAGACGCAGCGAUCGAUAUCUACUGUAUGAUCGCGACGAUUUCCAGAAAAAGUAACCAAGUAACCAAGUAA